AUGGUCGAAACAGAGUUUCCUAAUGCCCAGAAGGGUGAGGUUGAGUUUUGCACGUUGGGAAUGUUCAUAAUAGAUGACAUUGAAUUUGGAGGGUCCAGGCCUGACGUUAAGAAUGUACUUGGAGGAGCUGCCUCUUAUGCUGUUGUCGGUGCCCGUUUAGUCGCGGGGUCGAGGCAUGGACACGCCGUGAGUUGGAUUGUGGAUGUGGGAUCCGACUUUCCACCGGAGACUCUCGCGGUAAUCAAAUCAUGGGGAACAGACUGUGUUAUCAGAGAAGAUCAUAGCAGGCUCACAACAAGGGCUUGGAAUGGAUACCACCCGGAUGAAAAGCGAGAUUUCAAGUAUCUUACUCCCAAGCUGAGGUUAGAGCCAUACAUGCUUUCCGACACACAGGUGUGGUCCCGCACUUUUCAUAUGGUCUGCUCCCCAGCCCGUUGCAUUUCUAUUGUUCAUGAUAUCCUCCAACGACGAGAGCAGCUGCGGGAAGCGGGCCAAGCACCUUCUACGGAGCAUGCUUUACAGCGCCCCAUCUUUGUCUGGGAACCAGUCCCUGAUCUCUGUACACCUGAAGAGCAGGGGAAAUUUCUCGAGGCAAAUCGUGUUGUUGAUGUGGUGAGCCCUAACCAUAUGGAGCUGGGUAUGAUGUUUGAUCAGCCCGGAUGGACCGUGGAAAGUGAAGAAAGCCAAGCUCUAGUCCAGAUGAUUAUUAACGCCGGCAUUGGUCCAAAUGGGGAUGGAUGCAUGGUCAUUCGAGCGGGUAAAGAGGGAAGCUACGCCUAUUCAAGAGACCAGAAGCUCUGGCUCCCUGCUUACCACCAACCCAACACUUCGGGUGCUACAGCCGUGCUAGACCCUACAGGUGCGGGCAAUUCGUUCCUUGGCGCAUUAGCACAGGGAAUGGUAACUGCCGGUCGGGAACCGUUCGAUAUCAUCGAGUCCACCUUGUCACCCUCUGAGAGCUGGAAACAAGCCAUGGACUCCUGGGGCCAGCGUCGCGAUGUGCUGGGAGCACUCAUCUGCGCCACUGUCGCGGCCGGAUUUGUGGUGGAGCAGAUCGGAGUGCCUCAGAUCUCUGUGGACAAUGGAAAAGAGCUGUGGAAUCAAACUGAAUUCGCGGAACGGGUCCGCCUAUACACGCAGCGAUUAUUCAAGACAUUGCAAGAGUCUCCCCAGAGACACCUGUUGACCGAUUGA